AUGGGUAAAACUAAAAUUUACUCCGUUGGAUUCACCGUGCAUGAGGCUCAGAGUCUCAUCACGGACAAGGGCCAACCUGUUGAUCCACUGGUCGUCGUCCGGUGCUGCGGACAUGAGUAUCGGACAGAGGUGAAAUAUGCCAAAUCGAAUGUGGUGUCCUGGGAUGAAUCCCACGCAUGGACAGAUUUGUGCCUUACGGAUGAGGAGUGGGAGGCCGCCUAUAUCACGUUCGAGGUGCAGGCUGCGAAUGCCUUCUGGAGAAACACGCUGCUGGGCGUGGUGUCCGUACAGCUUCGGCUGAUUCAGUUGCGGAAAACACACCAGAUUCGCAAGGCGCUGCCGCUCCAGCAUCCUGAAGACACUGAGGUCCAUGGUAGUUUGCGCGUCACGAUCUUCGCGUGUGCUCCUGGAGAAGCGCCGCCUAGCCCGGGCGAGGAGGAGAUCGUUGAGGAAGAUGAAGACAAGGACUACGAUGACCUUCGCAAGGCAGUCAUCGACACGAAUCAGGUCUUGACGAGGGAGGCUGGAUCGCGACUAUUCCACGUCUACAUUACAGCAUACCGAGUCGAAGAUCUUCACCCGGGCAGCAAAGGCACACGCGACCCCUUUGUAACAUGCGAAUUCGCGGGGAGUAAACUGAAGUCGACUCAAGCGCGGUCCUGCUGCGCCCACACCUUCAAUGAAUGCUUUCGCAUGCCAGUAGUGACGCCGCUUCCUGAAGACGCGAUUCUCGUCAAGGUCUGGGACUGGAACUUCAUGGGUGCCGACGAGCUCAUAGCUGUGGGAAGGAUCUCUUUCUCGGAGUUGCGCACGCGCCAAAUGCUCCCAAGGUGGUUCAACCUCUACGGCUUCGAUGAGGGAGAAGUCGCGCAGGCGACGCAGGUGGCAGGCCAGGGCGGGCGGCUCGUUGCAAAUUGCUAUCUCGGUCGACUUCUGUUGAGCGCCCGAGCCGAGCGUCUGUCGAAGGAAGAUGAUCUCAUGCCUGCCCACACCGUUGCAGCGCGCCCAUAUGAAACUCCUCCUGUGAUUCCCCUUGCUAUUCUUGCGGACGUCUACGAGGUACAAGGCGCGCCAGGAGAGAAGGUGUCUGUGGAGGUCUGGUGCGGUCCCGCCAAGGCUCGUACCAAGUGGGUGACCGGACUGGAAACCAGGGCAGCGCAGAGGGCGGGAGCGGCGCCUGCAGCAGUCAGUCGCGCCCUUGAAGGAGCCCUAGGGGUUGCCAACUACCUGUUAGGGGAGCAGCCAGGCGGAGAAGACCGCUUUCCUUUCGAGCAUACUGAAGGAAGAGUCGAAGAACUGCGCCUGGUCGCGCCAGAAGAUACAAAACAGCAGUGGGACGUUAUCAUCAGUCUACAUGCCCGCGGCGCCACCAAAGGUUUCCUGGGCGAUACGCGCAUCGCCUUCCAGAGACUCAAGAUGUCGAAGUUGCCUUUGCAUGUGCAAAACAACCCCCGCGCGCCCAUAUGGGUUCCGCUUUUUUUCACGCCGCCUUUCGAAAGUAUGAAGCCUCCUCCGGCUAUUCUCAUGUGUAUCGAGAAGUCCAAGGUCGAAGCUAUUGCUCGUGCCAAGCGGAAGCACGUGAGCGCAGUGGAGUACCAGCUGCGGGCAUAUGUGUACGCCGCUCGGAAUCUCUUGUCUCCGAGUGGAGCACUGCCGAAUCCGUUCGUCCAGGUGGCCUGUGCGGGGAACGCACGGGAGACCGAUGUCUGUGAGCAGACGUCCUGCCCUGUUUUCAUGGACUGCCUCCUUCUCGACAUCACGAUGAUGACGGACCCCAUCACGCGCUUGCCCACUGUAGCACCCAUUACGGUCACGCUCUACGAGCGGCGCUCGUGGGGUACCCAGUUCCUAAGUCGCGCGACCUGCCGCUACGACCGACUUCGAGGGCGACUAAAGGCUGGAGAAGCUCCGACGGUGGCAGAGCCGAGGUGGAUCAAGCUGCGCGGAGGCAAGUACGCGAACAAGCAUCUAGGCGACGUUUUGCUGAUGCUGGAGCUCAUCCGGAAGCGGGACGCCGAUAUGAUUCCUGCUUUCCCUAUGCGCCCGGUGGUGAACAUGUGCCGACUGUCGUUCUCCUGUCUGGGCCUGCGGAGCAUGUAUAUGACAUACAGAGCAAAGCGGCUGGACUACCCAGCGAUCCGCAGAAAGGACAAGAAAGGGACGAACUUGCGGCGCAUACGGGCGCCUCUGGUCCUGGUUACCAUUUCCUCUUUUGCUUCUGCCGGCCGCGAUACAAAUCAAGCAGUUCUCCGUUACGAACGGAAUCUGCGCGAGGAUCCAACGAUCGUGAACAAGCAGUGGUCGACUGUGACGAAGGCAGCAAACACGGAUAUUUUUAAGGUGGCUGAGAUGGAUAUCGACGUGCCAGUGGACCCCGUUUUCGAUCCUCGCUUGGUUGUGCAGGUGUACGACAGGAAGCAGAAGCCGAAGUACUUCAUAGGGGAGUUUUCGAUGUCUCUCGUCCCUCUGAUGCCCUGGGUCCUUGACCAGCAAAGCGCCAUGGAGGCAGUCGCUCCUCUGAAUGAUUUUACGGAUACCGUGGAUCUAAAGCACCUGGGCGGCUUAAUGCGCGGUGUGCACGGAAAGGACAAAAGCCGAUGGGGCGGCCAAAUUGGUUUGGAGGCCCUGAGCACUGCCGACCGCGAGACUGCCGACGCCUUCAAGGAGCAGGCUCGGGCCAUGGCGAGAUUUGCAGCGUAUGACCCAGACAACAAAACCUUUGCAGAGUCCUGGCUCCUUCCCACUGGGCUGCCGAAGGUUCUCGUGCUGAGCUACGCGGUACCCGGCGUCCGCUAUGACGUGAUUUUCUCCAACAUGUUUACCCUCAACGUAUACAUCCCCGCCAAGUUUGUUUUGUUUGCGGAAGGGAAGCGGGCAGCAGACAGGAAAACAAAGGAACAGUACGCCAGGCCUUCCGUAGAUUCGACUCUGGAACAGUUCCUCGACGAUAUUAUAUAUCCAGCUGAUGGCUUGAAGAAGGCUGUUAUGGGCGACGUGGACAUCACUGGCUACGUGAAAUUUUUUGUCAAUAUAACUCAUCGCGACCAGCCGAAUCCACACGUUGACCAAGAGGCUGUGGAAUGGACGACGAAUGAACGGAAAAUGCGGCGAAACCUACGAGGCGAGGAGGCGUACCCCAAAUUGGUGAAGAUCCGGGUCUACGUGAUUCGGGCCAUCAGCUUGAAUUUGGGGGACCAGCGUGUGGCUCCGAAUCCGUAUCUGAUCUUCAACUUGGGAGACAAGACGGAUACACUGCGGGCAGAAGCGAAGUCGAACACCUACAAUCCUGAAUUCUUCACAGUUUGGGAGAAAGACGUAAUGUUCCCCGAUGACUCCCAGUUCGAGCUGCAAGUGUGGUCGGCCCAUGAGGGAAUGACGGGCGGCUUGAAAGACCUCUAUGUCGGAAGCACCUGCAUUGACCUGGAGGAACGGUGGUUCUCGAAAGAAUGGCAAAAAUUCAUGUCAAAAAAUGAGGUUCCGAUGGAAUACCGCCCGCUGCGACAGGUGCCUGGUGGGCCAUUCAAAGGCAGUGUUGAGAUGUGGGUCGAGCUCUUGGACUUCCAGAAGGCUGGCGAGGUACCCAAAUUCGAUCUGCAGAGUCCUGCAGCGACAGAAGUUGAAAUAAGGAUUAUCGUUUGGGGGGCGCGGAAUUUGGCCUUCAAGAUUCUGGGCAAGGACUACGUUGACGCGGUGAUCCGGUGCACGCUGGACUGCACAGGCUACCGAGGCUCCCAGCCGUCUGUGCAGCAGACCGAUGUCCACUAUUACUCAAAAACGGGAUCCGCCAUUUUCAACUGGCGCGUAGUGUAUUCGCGGGUAGCCAUGCCCGUUAGCACCUGCGUACUUCAAAUUGCCGCCUACGACAAUCGGAACAUGGGCGAGGCGACAUUUAUUGGCGAGGUGAACUUGGAAUUGCGGCGGUAUUUGGAACGCGUGGCAACUACACUGAACAACAUGGAAGUGGAUGCGGAGCUGCGGUUGAUCAACCGUUCUCGAGAAGGCGCAGACAUCGAGACGUUCGGUUAUGUCCAAGCCACUCUGCAGUUCAUGUCGCAGUCAGAGGCGACGAGCAAAACUGUCGGUCUGGGCAGAGAUUCGCCCAAUCGCGAUCCGCGACUAACGACUCCCCAGGAAGGACGGAAAUGGGAAGACGUGCUUGGGUCGGCUGGACUGCGGCUCGACUACCGGCCGCUGUGGUACUGGGUGCGGGUCGCUGCGGUUGUCCUGCUGGCAAUCUGGGUCUUCGUCAUCGCCUUCCUCUAUCCUUCGCUGCUGGGCUAA